AUGACAGUAGUAUGGGUCGCAAAUAGAGUCACCCCGCUUGCGGAUUCAGUGGGCACUUUGAAGGUUACCGGCUCGGGAAGUCUUGUCCUCCUGAACGCAAAUGGAAGUGAAAUUUGGUCAUCUAACUCAUCCACAGAUGCACGAAAUCCAGUCGCACAGCUCUUGGAUUCAGGAAAUCUUGUUGUGAAAGAUGUAGAUGGAACUGGUUCUGGUAACUUUACAUACAAAAUCGACCCAAAUGGCUUCCCGCAAAGCCUACUGAGGCAAGGUUCAGUUGUUAAGUUCCGGUUGGGACCAUGGAAUGGUGUUCGAUAUAGUGGAAUGCCUAAUCUAGAUCCUAACCCAUAUUACAGUUAUGAAUUUGUGUUGGAUGACGAUGAGAUUUACUACCAUUUGAAGGCUCCUUGA